AUGAUGUAUGACGAUCGAAAUAGCCGACAUGAAUAUGGUGGAGGCCAAUAUUAUAACGGACAUCAUGCUAAUGCCAAAUAUGAUGGCUCCUAUGAAUCACCCAGAAUUACCCAUUCCCAUAUUCAAUAUGGUCGUAAUCCUCAAGAUAUGGAUAUCGCCAAGACUUUUGAUCAUGAGCCAUUCAGACACACGGAUCCGAAAUACAAAUGCCUUUGCAACAAAAUGCAUGUCAAGCAAGGCUGCAAGUUCAUUCUAGGGUUUCUCAUUGCUGUUGUCAUCAUAGGUGCUCUCCUUUUGAUUUUAAACUGGAACGUCGGAACCUGGACUACUUUCGUCAUCCACUGCCUUCUCCUUCUUGGUGUUCUUGCCUGCGCUUUCGCAUUGUUCAUUGCGAUGAAAGCUGAAAAGGAGAAAUUACUGCUCCCUGUUGCUGGAAUUGCGGCAUUUGGAGCCCUUGUCUCGAUCGUCUUCUUUGUCUUUACACUUUGGUCGCUGAUCGACCCAAGUGGAACAACCGGAAAAUUGGUCAACAACUUCGUUGUCUCCCAAAACAACACCGCGUCUGCCGACUUUGGACUUGCUGAGAAUCGCGGAGAUAUCCAAGCUGUUUCGGCAGUAACCAUGGUUUUGUCGCUCCUUGGCCUUGCCGCAAGCAUCUGGGUUGCCUUCGUGGUUUACAAAUACUCGAUGUACUUGAAGGAUAUGAAAUUCGCACGAGUCCCCAAAAAUCAGGUUCACAUUGAAAUCACCGACUUGAAAAAAGGCAUCACUCAAUAA